AUGUCGAUCGACCCAACCAGCACCGAGGCCGCAUCCAUGGCGGCCAUCAACGAUGUCGCGACGUGGGCCGGACUCGUGGGAGAAGGUCCGACAUCGGCCAAGGGGAGCCUGUACACCCUCCUAGGAGUCACAGGCGCGGAGCACCCCAGGGUCCUGGGGGGGAUCCCCAUGGCCGAGUUCGACGCGAUCAUCGACCGCUGGGUCAAGAUGUCCAUCGUCAUCGACCAGUCGGACGACAGUGAGGUCGAGGUCCUGGACAGCAUAAAGGUUGCGGAGGCGUACGCGCGCUACCACGCGCGCAUCGGCGCCUUCCCACCAGCAGACGAGGAGCUCUCGGCCGAGCAGCUCUCGUGUCUCCAUUCGUUACUCGAGAACGGGAGGCCCCCCUACACCGACAUGGCGGUCUGGGGACCGUCCUACCACAGGCUCCAGAAGAAGAUCCGCCUCAAGGGGUCCCGGCUGCACCCAUCAGGCACGAUCACACCCGUGGAGUUGUGCGGCCCCUGCGACUACGAGACGUGGGCCGAGUGCUACGCCGUGUUCAAGACAGGGGUCCUUAUGUUCAACCAGCUCACCCCCGCGCGCCUGGGCGCCUACGAGAAGCACAUCAGGCACUACCACGAGCGCUACGGGCGCGACCAGUGGGCCAUCAUCUACCAGGCGGACGUCAGGGCGCGUCUGGAGCUCAGCGAGCGGCUCCGCAGGCGCGGCCAGGAAGAAGCGUCGCGGGCCGCUGCCACCGGCAAGCUCCACGACUUCGAUCCGCGAGCCCCUUGGGAGUGGGUCUGGAAGCACCUCGUCGAGGAGAGCUCGUUCUGGCACCGCGAGGUGGAGGAGCCUUGCCUGCUCGUGCUGGCCAAGACGAAGUCCCUCGGCACAAUGCUUGAGAACGAUGCGCCCGUCGAGGGCCACCGGGGCAGCGGCGCCAGUGGACAGAGCCAGGGCGCCAACAAGAGGAAGUCCAAGGCACCGUCUCAGAGGAACAGCGCGACGCCGCCCCCGGAGAAGGUGCACCGCGUCGACGAGCAGGGCCGGUACGCGCACAACCGGAAGGGCGCAAAGCUAUGCGCCGACUUCCAGAGCGGCAGGUGCCAAGAUGGCCCCAUUACCGGCGUGUGCCCGCUCCAGCCGGGGCACCGGCACCAGUGCAACAGGUGCCUCUUGCCCACGCACGGCGGCGAGGCCUGCAAGCCGGGCGCGAAGGGCGGGGGAAAGGGCAGGAAGACCGGCGUCCGCGGCGAGCCCGACACAAGAGCCGGCACGAGCGCCCUCGAGUCGCUGAGUGGAGCGUUGGGAGUGUGCGCCCCAACCAGCAUAGAUGCGCUCCCCUGCGCCCAGCACGAUUUCCUGCAUCUCCCGAGCGGGUUGGCCAGGGGCCAGAGACACCUGCACGUCUUCAGCGGCCGGCGCGGCCGCGCUGGCAGCUUCGGCGAGGCGGUCAGGUCGAUGGGCGGCGAAUGCGCGGAGGUGGACGUCUGCAACGGCCCCGACUUCGAUUUACUGAAUGAGGACAUCUUCGGGGCUGUAGUCAGCCAGAUCAGGAGCGGCGAGUACCGCGGCAUAUUGCUGGAGCCGCCUGCUUUCGCGAAGACGGCCUACCUGAGAACAGGCAGCGGCGCCGAGAGAUAUGGCCGGAAGCACCUCAAGCCGAGCGAGACGAAGCAGGUCAAGGAGGGCACGCUGCUCGCCUUGCGCAGCCUGUCGGUGAUGGAGGAGGCGGCGACCGUCGAGUGCCCGGCCAUCCUGGUGCAGCCGCUGCUGGAGGACGACCCCGAGGCGAUCAGCAUGCUGAAGCUGGACGAGUUCGUCGACUUCCGCGAGCGCGAGCCGACGUGCAUGCUCACGCACUCCGCGCGUCCCGGCGCAGACGGGGCCCGCGGCGACAAGAUGAUGUCACUGCUGACGACGCGAGUGGACUGCUCGGACCUGUCGCCGCGCAGCCUGCCGCGGGCCGGCCGCGAAGAGCACUCCCGCCAGGCGGCGGCCGCGCAAGCAGACGCAGUUGGUCUCAACAAGUACUUCGCCGUCAAGCUUUGCUUGGCUGCUGGCGCGCCUGCGCCGGCGGCAGCGCAGGCGGCGAGCCCGGCCGCGUUCGCGAGGACGGGCUACUGGGGCAACUGCUUGAUCAGAGUGGAGCGCGGCGCUGGGUCCAAGACAGAGCAGAUGGACUCGAUAACGGUGAAGCCGUGCAUCGACUUCAGACACUCGCUCAAGGGGCCUAGAAAACUCACGAUGGGCCACUCCAAGGAGGAGGACAACCAGCAGUACGUCGGGGGCAUGAGGCAUCCGAGGCGCAGCCCGGAGUUCAUGAAGUACUACGGGACGGUGGGCCUGAUCAUCCAUUGGAAGAUCGACGAUUAUCUCAACGACCACCCGGUGGCGGAGCGCCAGUGUCUCGAGGCCCUCGGGAGCGAGGACUUGGGUGCAGGGCCCGACGAAAACCACCAGCGGGAGAUUCGGAACAUCAUCGGCGCUUGCGUCCACGAGGCGAACCACGAGCCCGUGCAGGGCGAGCGCUGCCAGUCGAGCAUCCGGGCGCGCCUCCUCACGAGGUGGGCGGAGGCAGCGAACGACAUCGACGCGAUGCACGUCCGGGAGUGGCUCGUGGAGGGAGCGCCGGCUGGGAUCGAGGUCGACAUCCAGGAUCCUGGUAUCUUUCCGCCGGUGCACGGGCCCGACGACCGCGACGAGGGCGACCUGACGGAAACCCCAGACGCAGAGCUGAGAAACUACACUUCGGUUGAUGGCGACCCGCACGCCGACCCGGAGGUGGAGCGGCUGAAGGCGUCGGGAUUUGUCAAGACGUUUCACAGCAGGGAGGCCGUAGAGAAAUACCUCGGCGGGCCGCCUCAGGUCAGCAAGCUGGGCAUGAUCACCAAGGUGACGAAGGCGGGCAAGACCGAGAGACGCCUCAUUUUGGACUGCCGCGAGUCUGGCGUCAAUGCCAGGGUCAAGCAGCGGCAGCGCAUCGUCCUCCCUAGGCUGACGGACGUCAUCGACGAUGCGAUGUUCCUCGCACAGAGGGCCGAGCAGCACCCGGAGAUGGAGGUCGAGUGGAUGAUCUUGGAUUUCACGGACUGGUUCUUCCACGUCCCGUUGCGGCCCUGCGAGCGGAAGUAUUUCGUCGCGCACCACAAGGGUUGCUACCUCGUGUUCGUCACGAUGGCCCAGGGCAGUUGCAACGCCCCCCUGGUAUGCGGGCGCGUGGCCGCCAUGCUGGCGAGGCUCACGCAGAGCAUGUUCUCGCCGGAGGAGUGCCGCCAGCAGCUCUACGUGGACGAUCUGUGCACGACAGCGGUUGGCACCAGACCACAGCGGGAUCGCAUGUUCGCCACGAUCAUUAUCGUGUGGGCCGCGCUGGGCAUAGGUCUGGCCUACAGAAAGGCCUCUCGAGGGCAUUCGGUGGAGUGGAUCGGCGCCCGACUCACGGUCGAGGACGCGCCGACGGAGCAGCGCCCCGGCGCGCAGCGCAGGAAGCAGGUGCGCGCCACGGCCAAGCAGGAGAUUUUCGAUGAUGUCGCGGAGCUCAUCUCCAGCUUCCGGCAGCGGAAUGUGAUUCCGAUCAAGGAGGCGCUGGCGUUCGUGGGCAAAGCCAACCACAUCGCCGGGAUCGUGGAGGCUUGGAGGCCCUUCCUGCAGGACGUGUGGGGCGCCAUCGCCAGCAAUAGGAGCGGCGCUGCCUCGAACGCCCCUGCUCGGUGCGUCUGGCGGAAGCAGAUCGAGCACGUUUUGGAAUGGCUAUCUGCAUUUUACGCUGGAUCCGCCGGCACCCUCUGCAGGGUGCACAGGGUCGACGCCUAUUUCGGCCGAGGCUGCCAAGUAGUGAUCACCACCGACGCGUCGCCCUGGGGAUUGGGCGGCUACCUCAAGAUAGGCAACGCCAUCUUGGAGUACUUUUCGUCACCACUCACUGAAGAAGACGAAAAGCAGCUGGAUACGCCGCGCGGGGACGCAGCAGGACAGCAAGUGUGGGAGGCACUCGCAAUGCUGCAGGCCCUGCGUCUCUGGCGAGAAUUCUGGCUGUCCGAGGGCGUGACGCUCGCGGCCACAUCGGACAGCGUCAGCACGCUGACAGUGAUCAUGAAGCUUCGCAGCCGCGCCGGAGCAGCUGGGCUCGGCCAGAUCGCUAGGGAGCUAGCGCUGGACUUCGGAGACUGCGCGUACAAGCCGCGCGUGCUCGAGCACCUGCCGGGCAUCGCAAACGACACUGCGGACGAGCUUAGCCGUAGGGCGCAGCCGGGCCAUAGGCUUAAGGCCCUAGCAGUGCUGAGCGGAGCGACAGAACGGCAUCCCCUGAGAGGCAGCACGUUCUGGAAGGCCACUGCCGCCGCCGCUCGGAGCGGCAUUGGGGGCGCAGAGGGGCAGCAGUAG